AGACCAACCGGUCGUUCUUUAGUCCAAACAAAACGGGGACCGAAUCUUCGUGAUAUUUCUACCUAGUCUACAUAAUGCAUCCACCCUCGUCCCUGAUUCGUGACCUACCUAAUUCAGUCUUACUGUUCGAUCCUGUAUAAGAAUACCCUCAUAGCAUCUUAUCCUUCUGCCCCUCAUGAGGGCCUUAUCGCUUUCCAUCUCUAUCCUCGUAGCCGCACUCUCCAUAAUCGUCUAUCGAGAACAAGUGUUCGAGCUCGUAACCGCGACAUUCGACACAAUCCUAGGAAACUUCCCAAACCUCUACGAUAGUGACGUUAAAGCUAGCAGCGCUAUACUGAAAACGACUACGACGACCACUUCCGAAUCCGAGUCCGAAUCGCCCUUCUAUAAACCGACCGAAAUGUCGAUACCUAGAGCGAUCCGGAAGGUUUUCCUCGCGGUCGAGCAAGCCGAGGGUGCAGGUGCUCGUGUACGACGUAGCAUUGGCACGCCUCAAUUGCGCAAUUUCUCGCCCUUCCUGAUGCUCGACCACUUCAGUAUCAAACCCGGCGCCGGUUUCCCCGACCACCCCCAUCGCGGCCAAGAAACCAUUACGUAUUUGCUCAGCGGCGGUGUCGACCACGAGGAUUUCGCCGGAAACGCGGGUACUAUCGAAGCCGGCGACCUACAAUUCAUGACGGCUGGUCGCGGAAUUAUGCAUGCUGAGAUGCCGCGUCAGAACCCAGAUGGUAGCGCCAAUGUUGGUCUUCAGCUAUGGGUUGACCUGCCCGCUCAUCUUAAAGCUUGCGAGCCUCGUUACCGUGACCUGCGCGCCAAUGAAAUCCCUACGGCCGACCUCGAUAACGGCAAAGUCCACGUCAAAGUCAUCUCAGGUCAGGCUGGUGGUGUCGACAGCGUAAAAGACUUGGCUUAUACUCCUGUCUGGGUGCUCGACGUUGAAAUCAAGCCCGGCGGCAAGCUAGCGCAACCCUUGCCAAAGGGCUGGAACGCCUUCUCAUACCAAUUAGAGGGAUCUGCUGUAUUUGGAUCGGGCGACAGCAAGCAGACGGUCGCACAGUACCACAAUUGCGUUUUCGAACCUAACGGCGAUGUGGUACUUGUUGAGGUACCCGAGACUGCGACGGAGAGUGCAAGAUUCGUGCUCGUCGCCGGUCAGAUCCUUGACCAAAAAGUCGUUCAAUACGGUCCCUUUGUGCUCAACACACCCGAGGAAGUGCGCCAGGCACUAAUAGACUAUCAAUUCCAUAUGAACGGAUUCGAAAGGGCUAAGGACUGGCACAGCGAAAUCGGCAAAUCGAUGGCUAGCUAAGCGAUAAGCCAUUGAUGUUUUAAAAUUGGCGUCAUUUGAAUCCCCCCGGGGACUUUCCUUAACCCUUUGAGCCGAUUUCGCCGAAUUCUUGUAUAUAGUUUCUCCUCCCUUGCAUUAUACCUUUCCUUUGGAUAC